AACCCAGAAGAGAUUACCAGCAUCAGAAACAUGGGUUUUUGAGAAAAAUAUAACUAGGUUAAACUCAGGAAACAGAUGGAAGAAAAUGGGUGGUCUAAUGACCAGAUACAUGGGAAAGUAGAUAGACACAAAAAAUGUGUCGGUUCUCCUGAACUGACCACAGAGGAUUAAGGCUGCAAGUGAUGAGCCUUCGUCAAACUGCGUAAAUCUCUGACACACAUACAACAUCCAAUACACAUGUAUAUAACAAAUGCAGUAUGUAUAACAAAUACAGUGCUUCACAUCUGGAAUUCAUUUUCAACAAAGAACAGUAGAUGAAUUGGACUGGACAAAAGAAUCAAACAAUGAUCCUAAGAAAACAGGUACCAGUGUUUUUAUUUCUAGAGGGAAAGGAAUAAGCUUUGAUGGUUUUAAGGACAAGAUGGUGGGCAAUUGUAAGGGAAACGAUUCAAAAGCUGUGGGGAAGAAAAUCAUCUUUUAAAGCACAGAUAUAACAAGAGAGUUUCUUAAAAAUAUUCCUCAUACCAAAAAAAAAAGCCUUUCAAUUGUGGCACAAGUCUGGAGAGAGACUCCAUCAAGAUUAAUAACACUGGCCCCUUCUUUGGUGCCAUCUGGUGGCUUUACAGAACUUUAUUUAUAUAACUUCUACUUAAUCAGGGCUGAGAUCAGAGUCAAGAAUAAAACCAGACAAGCAGCAAAAUCACAGACACCAAUGAGCAGAUGUGAAAGUUAAAAGUUUGCUUGUAAUACAUAAAAAUAUUAUGCAAACUAGUAGAAGGCAGGUGAUGGUGAAGACUUACAUUCAGAGACAGAUGCUGCAGGUGAGGUUCAUAAAUAAAAUUGAAUCUGCACCACAUCGAUGCUCCCACCGCCCCACAAGCAACACAUUUAUGAUUAUCAGUAUAAUCAGCAAUUUCAUGAAGCUAUAAUUAUUUGUAGUAGUACUAGUAGUAGUUUACAUCAUACAGCAUACAAAUUACUCACAAUUGCUUUUAUUAUACACCCCUGCUGUUUUACGUUCUAAAAUGUUUUCGCAUGCACUGCUAUAUGCUUCUCUUUUCACUUUCGUCUGUCCCCAUGUUUUAAUUUUUUUUAAUCCCUUUUUUUUGGUCUCACAGUGACUAGUUGUCUAAAAUAAAUAUUACGCUUCUAUUUCUUCUACUUGCAGCCCCAUGCUCUCAUAGCCUGUCAGCAUAGUUCUUUCCUUCUAAUCUGAACUGCUGGGGAUUAAACAGACAGCCAACUCUUCAUCCAUAAUUCUACCACCCUCUCCCUCCCUCUCUCUCUAUCUCUCUCUCUUUCUGACUUAGAGACAUACACACACACACACACAAAGCUUUGCCAGACUGGUCAUUUGGAAACCAUAAGCAUGAUGUUUGUUUGAGAGAGAGGGGUAGGUGGGUGGGAUGGAUUAGAUUAAGUUGGUCCAAAUUCAAGGGAUCACUUGUAGCAAGAGGGGGUUACAGAUAAAGGGAAAAAUAGAGCGCAUGCCCGUGUCUGUGUGUAAGAGAGAGAGAGACAGAGAGGGAUAGAAAGGGAGAGAGAAAAUGGUCGAGUCAUGCAAUCAGAGCCAGAGUCUGGCAGCAGCAGGUUGUUUCAGCCCAGAUAUGACCCAACUCUCCCACCCCAACCCGUCAAUCUCCAUCACCCUGCCCCGAUUCCAUAAUAUCACCAUAAACAUUUCAAAUCUCAUCAUGGCAGCUGCCAACAACCCAUAGGAGUUUAGGACUGAAUGUGGCAUCAUAUACACACCACUGGACCAAUAGGAUCUGGGACCGAAGCACAUGCACUGAGAGGAGUCGCUUUUUGUAGUAGAGGUGCAAGUGGAAACAUUUGCCCUCCUCCUUCCAAGGCGUUCCCACCUAGGAUGCAGUGGAUCUAGUAUGGAUUUUGGAGUUUCAUGUGACGUUUGAACAGAGAAGGGUGAGAAAGAGGAAAAGAGGAGGAUAAACUUUGGAGAAGUGUGAGGACCAGCAAGGAGGGAAGGGCGGGGGGGAAGACAGGAAGAAGAGGGCAGGGUGAUGGGAAACACCAACCAGACUUCUAAAAAGAACAGUAAAAAGAAGAAGGUAAUGUCACCCAUAGAACAAAGUGGUGCCCCAUUGGCUGCUGCCAUGCUGGGGGGACUGGGUGGUGCAGGGGAGAUGGACACAGAGGAUGAGGAGGAAGGAGGGAACGAGCGUGAGUUUGAUGAACCCCUGUGCGCUCUGGUUAAGAACUGCAACAUGCUGCACAACAUAGUGGGGCCUGCAUGUAUCUUCCUCAGACAGGGCUUCGCCCAAAGUCAGCUUGACAGAGAUCUACGACCAGAAGAGAUGGAAGAGUUGCGUGAGGCCUUCAGAGAAUUUGACAAAGAUAAGGACGGCUUCAUCAGCUGUAAGGACCUGGGCGAAUGCAUGAGGACUAUGGGAUACAUGCCAACAGAGAUGGAACUUAUCGAACUCAGCCAGCAAAUCUGUGGUGGCAGAGUGGAUUUUGAAGAUUUUGUGGAACUGAUGGGCCCCAAAAUGCUUGCAGAGACUGCAGACAUGAUUGGGGUUAAAGAGUUACGGGACGCCUUCAAAGAGUUUGACUCUGAUGGCGAUGGUCAGAUUAGCCUUGGAGAGCUGAGGGAAGCCAUGAAGAAGCUAAUGGGUGAGCAGCUCAACCACCGCGAGAUUGAUGAGAUCUUGCGAGAUGUUGACCUCAAUGGGGAUGGACAGGUGGACUUUGAAGAGUUUGUAAGAAUGAUGUCUCGUUGAUUCUUCAGUAAACCUCACACUUAUGCACUAAACACAACACUGGCAAGACUACGGACUGUUACUGUUUUUCUCACAUGUACAAAGACCUCUUGGUGUUUUUUCAGUUACGUGCAAAACCUCUGGCUUAUAAAAAUCCCUUAAAUGUGUUACUGUUGUAUAAAUCUAAUAUGUUUUAUGUGUGUAAUCAGAGAUGACAGAGUGAUAUUUCAGUGGGAAUAGACCAAACCUAUGGUGUCUUUAAAAGAUUAUAUUCAUAUGAAUUUGCAGAAGAAUUGCAUGUAAAAGCCUGAAAAAAUAAGAUCCUGUUUGCAUUGACUAGAUACUGUGAAACUUUAAUUAUAAGAUGCAUUUUCUGUUUCUUUAUUGUAUUUGUAAUUUGGGUGAAUUGGUCAUUAACUAUGCAGUUUAGUAUCUACAAGUUUGUUGAAACAUUAAUAUGAAUGUAAAAAUGUAUUUUCUGAAUUUCAAUAUUUUAAUGCCACUUAUAGAAUCUUCAUCUUAAACUUGAAUGUGUUAACUGUGAAAUAUCUAAUACACAUAGAAAACAUGAAUGCUUUGUUAUGAGUUACAUAUUUAUUAUACAGAGUAGCAUCUGAAACAAUAUUUUUAAUAUCUUUUUGAUACCUGUUUCAGAACAAUUACUAGUGAUUUGUGUCUACCACACAGUAAAUAUCAGUUUCAUAUCCUUGCACCAUUUUUCCUCUUGGUGAAAUUUAACUGACAACCUGCCUCAUAGUACAUGGUUAUUUUAUGUAAGCAUACACAGUAUGCAUAUAUACCUCUUUGGUGUUUCAUUUGUACAGCGUUUAAUGACUCAGAAAACACAUUGUAAAUAACAAAAAUGAGUGAAAAAUAUUGAAAAUAAACACUUUUUGUGGUCAGAUAACUUAUGGCCAUAUACUAA